AUGGAGUACGUCUCUGGAGGUGACUUAUUUGACUAUCUUGAAAGCCACGGUAGGAUGGAAGAGCCGGAAGCCAGGGCGAAGUUUAUGCAAAUUGUCUCUGCGGUGGAGUACUGCCACGAAAAGGGAAUCGUCCACCGGGACUUGAAAGAUAGCAACAUAUUGUUGGACAGCGAAAUGAAUAUAAAAGUAACAGACUUCGGACUAUCAAAUGAAUUCACGCCAGGAUACGAAUUAAAUACAUUUUGCGGUAGUCCCCAUUUUGCAGCACCCGAAAUUUUUCUUCGCAUAAAAUAUGAUGGACCCGAAGUGGAUGUUUGGUCAUUGGGAGUUAUAUUAUUCGUGCUCGUAACGAGAACUUUACCCUUUGACGGUCCAACACUACAUGAAUUAAGGAAACGAGUGCUUAGUUGCGAAUAUGAGAUCCCUUCUUAUGUGAGCACGGAGUGUGGAAAUAUUUUAAAGACGCUUUUGGUUAGGGAUCGUUUCAAACGAGCUAGCUUGGAAAUAAUCCGGAAUGAUAAGUGGUUGAAUCAGGAAUAUGAGAUGUGUACUUCUUUUUAG